AUGGAACAAGCUGGCAGUAGCAGCAGCAAGAGGAAAGGCAAAGGGGUAGCUAGUAGCAGCAGUGCUGCAGAAACUGACACUUCAUGGCCAUUCAAGUUAAAACUCAAACUAGCCAACUUAUAUACUGAUCUCCUCAAGCUUGACCCCUCAAAGGAGUUUGAAGAGCAUGUUGUAGGGGCCAUGAGUGAGGCUAACCGCAAGCUACUGGAGGACUGGAAACCAGUUUAUAUCUCAGUGUGUGAUGUAACUGAUGCUGUUGAUACUUGUCAAACUUACAGCAUGAAGUUGGAAAAGAAAGAGUCUUACUGGUUUGGACCUGGUUUUUUUACUCAUCAGCCGCCCCCUACUGACACUUAUUGA